CUUUGUUUUUCCGGGUUCGGAGGUCAUCUCACAGGAAGCACGUGAUUGCACUGCGAGUGAGGGGAAAAAACACGCACUGGUCUCCACAUGUGCAACACAGUCUGCUUCAUGCUAAGAAAAGGAUUACAAGUGUUGUGAGGCUGGCUUAAAGUCGCAGUUUUCUGAUUGGAGUUUGGUGCAGAGGACGGAACAAACAUGGAGGACAUGAGCUUCAUUAAGCUGCCGGCCGAUGAGGGCAAACAGCCGGCCAAGAAGAGGGCGAAACUCCCGCAGUCUAGCCUGGUGGAAGAAGAGGAGGAGCGGCAGAGGAACGUAAAGAACCUGGCGGUGCUGGGGGAGAAGAACAGCUCGGUGAAGCUGCUGGAGGAGCUGGUGUUCGGGGCCGAGGAGGAGCUGCUGGAGAGACUCGUGGAGGAGGACGAGGACCAAACCGGACUCCUGCUGCUGGAGGACAAAGAUGAAGAGGAGGCAAAGGAGUCUGAGGAUGAGGGCGGAAUGCGGCAGGAGCCGCAGGCCGAGAAGAAAGCGGCGUGGGUGGACGAGGAUGACGAGCUGGAGGAAGAGGUGGACAUGAAGCACCGUUUCCGUAGAAACCUGAUGAAAGGCGAGGCAGAGUCCACCAUGACCAAACAGAAACUGCAGCAGAGGAUGAGGGAGCAGUUCCAGAAGGCGAUGGGAGGAACGCCAUCAUGGGCGGAGAGCAGCGACCAGAAGAGGAGGAGGAGGAGGAGAGCUGAGGAGGAUGAAGAUGAGGAGGAUGACCUACUGAGGAGGACGGGAAACUUUGUGGCGUCCUCGGACAGCCUGCCCAGCGGCAUCCUGAGGGUGAAGAAGUGUCUCCACGCCAACAGCACCCGUCCGUCUGAGGACAGGCUGACCACUGUCCAGUUCCACCCCAGCGCUCAAGUCGUCAUGACGGCCGGCCUCGACCAGUCCGUCUCCCUGUUCCAGGUGGACGGGAAGACGAACCCGAAGAUCCAGAGCAUCCACCUGGAGCGCUUCCCCGUCCACAAGGCGCAGUUCAGCGUGGACGGGGAGACGGUGAUCGCCACCAGCCUCAAGAACAAGAUGUUCUACCUGUACGACAUGAUGGAGGGCUGCGUCUCACCUGUGCACACCGUCAGAGGUCUGAAUGAAGCUCGAGUGAAGGAGUUCUCCGUGUGUCCUGAAGGAGGCGCUCUGCUGCUCACAGGCACCAACGGAUACCUGCACGUCCUCACCCUCAAGACUACGUGGGACGGGUACUCUGAAGUGCGAGAAGGCCAGAAGAACGAGGCUCGUGAAACGGGACGACGUCACGGAGGAAACGGGCCGAGGCGCAGCAGCCCACCCGACUCGCUCGGCUGCCUCUCCAUCAGCAUCCAGAACGUCCAGUUCAGUGGGAGCUCACGCAGCGUGAUGCUGCAGGGCGCCGAGGCCAUGCCUCUCCUCGCAGACACGCCUCUGCUUCACUCUAAACUGCAGUUUCACGUGUCUGAGCAGAUAAACAUCGCCUCCUCAUCCUCCGCCCGCUCCACCAUCGCUUCACCGCAACGCUGCUUCAUGGCCACCAACCUGACACCGCUGGAAAGCCGGGUGUUUGAUAUGCAGCAGCAUCUGUGGGUGGAUUUGAUGAUUGAAGAGCGUCGAACACCAGCAGCCUGA